UAUAGCCCGCCUGGUUUAGGUGGGAACCUCGGCAUCCUAGGGACCCGCCAUGCAGCUAGCCGUCACCAAACAACCUUCCUGCCCCACGAAUUACUCCGGACUCGAUUUUGUAAUCAAUCAAUUACUUAAGCGGUCACGUUCUUUCUCGUUUCAAAUAGGCUAAUUGGUUCUCGGAUCCACUAGCAUGAUACUGGAAAUUCUAAUAAAGGUUAACUUUAUUACUGGUUGGCAGUUGCAUGUAGGUACAUCCGUAUCAGUAUUGAGUGCUAACAAUUCCUGCCAAGACAAGCUAGUUUGAACCUCACAUGCAGGUAACAAAUUGUUAGUGACCUCAAACUCAGAACCAAACCUUCACAUUCCAGGAAGUCAUAGGCUAUCCUAUACACACCUAAUAAGCUGACAUAAUAAGUGAAGCAUGCAUUGGAACUCGCAAUCCCCUACCUCUUAUACAUACUUGAACCUUCACAUUGGGGAAUAAUUCACAUCGUUCAUACCAUUCAUAUCACGGGUCACAUGCCAGGGAUAUAAGGGUUAAUGAUAUGCAGUGCAUAUGGAUAGAUGCAGGUGCCUUGCAGCCUUCACCGAUAUCUACAGUCUCGCCUAAUUCUCAGUGAAUCAACUUAACAACUUGAACUGGACCUAUUCAAAGUAGUACGAGUCAACACAUCUCGUCAUUGCACUUAUUCAGACUUGGUGUUUCCAAGUCCUCGUAACAACACCAGCUUAUACGUACAUGUAUAGACCUCCACAAUGUCUACACGUCACCUCAUCCGUCACAGGCCAUGCCCCACGGCUCUGAUGCGACUACAGCAUCCCACGCCGAGAAUAAUGAGGCGUUUUCAAAGUACCGAGACACCAACGAGAUCUUCUUCAAGUGGCACUGCCGCUGUGUCUUUCGCCGCAGGGCUUACAUGUGCCUCGCUGGCAAGUUGGUACCUAUCACGUAGUCCGCAGAGUUCAAACUCUGCCAAGCCAUCAACUAUAUCAGAUAAGAAAAGAGACGAUAAGAGCCUCGACAUCCCAGACCUAAACGAGCUAGGUCUAUCCGACAAGAUCACCUACACCCCAACGCCCGACUCAGAAGGGGUCACGCAGCAGCUCAACGAGCACGCCUUCUCCCACCUCUUGGGCGGGAAGCUCGUGACGAGAUAUGACGGCACACAAGUAGCUUCCAACAGCCCGUGCGAAGACAGGUUUAUCCACGGCCACUUCGCCAACCCUAUCGACGGGAGCGGCGACGACUGGCUGACCUGGGGCGUCUUCGACGGGCACUGCGGCUGGCAGAUGUCGGACCUGCUAACGCGGCACCUGAUCCCGUACGUGCGGCGCGCCCUCGCCUCCGCCCAGUCCACAGGCAACAACGAAGAGGCCGUGCAGCAGGCCCUCAAGACGGCGUUCACGAGCCUCGACGACGCCCUCGUCAAGACCGCCCUCGACACGAUCGACGACAAAGACCUGUCCUUCGCCGAGAAGGCGCGCCGCCUCGAGGCCGCGUACGCGGGUGCCUGCGUGCUGCUCACGGUUCUGGACCCGCGGACGCGGACGCUGACCGUGGCGUCGACGGGGGACUGCCGCGCGGUGCUCGGCCGGAAGUCCUCCUCUUCUUCUUCUUCUUCUUCUUCCUCCGGCGACGACGGCGGGAAAUGGGUCGCCGCGGACCUGUCGACGGACUGCACGGGCGCGAACGCGGACGAGGUGGCGCGCCUCACGACGCAGUUCCCCGACGAGCCGGAGAUCGUCAAGCACGGCCGCGUCUGGGGCAUGCAGCCGUCGCGCACGUUCGGCGACGGCAUGUGGAAGUGGCCGGCGGCGCUCAAAGAAAGGCUCAGGAACUAUUAUAACGGGCUCAGCCUGCCGUCGGCGGCGCGCUACGGCGCGUAUAAGGAGGGCCCGUAUCUGACGGCCGAGCCGCUCGUCACGACGACUAGGAUACCGGACGACGCGCCCUCGUUCGUGAUCUUGGCGACGGAUGGGUUGUGGGAUAUGAUGACGAGCGCGCAGGCCGUGGAGCUCGUGGGGAAAUGGGUUGAGUGGCGGGAGAGGAGUCGUGGGAUAGGGAAGGGGGAGCCGAUUCAGCCGCCGACGAUGGAGUUUGGGGAGACGAUACUGGGGCGCAAGAGGCAGUGCAGGUACGAGGAGCAGAAGACCACGGUGCGGGAUGAUAAUGCGGCGGUUCAUCUGGUGAGGAACGGGCUCGGGGGUGCGGACGAGGAGAUGGUGAGGGGGGCGUUGACGUUUCGGUACCCGAAUUCGAGGGAUAUCAGGGAUGAUAUAACGGUUCAGGUUGUCUUCUUUGCUCCUGCCAAGGGACAGUAACUGAGGGUCCAAAGAAAGAGAUGGAAUGCGUAUUAUGGCUAGCAGGCGUUUCUAUACCAUACCAUGGGCGUUUCGGUUUCUUGCAGCAUUGGUAGAGAGCACGAAAAUACGGGACGAGUAAAUGGGUUAGACAUGUAACGAGCAUGAAUAAUGAACUAUCUAACGUUAUCGUUA